AUGGGCGUGUCAAGUUGGGAGUAUACCAUCGACCGAUACGGCCAGCGUGCUGCUGAAAUUCUGGCAGCGGAAUGGCAUCUCGGGUUCACCGCGUUUGGCGGACCGCCGGUUCACUUCAAGAUUCUCCACGACAGGUUUGUUACCAAGUUGAGAUGGGUCGAUGAUCAAAUGUAUCAAGAACUCUUUGGCGUUGCUCAAGCUCUAUGCGGCCCGGCUAGUACCAAGAUGCUGUAUUGCAUCAACUUGAUCCACGAUGGAUUCUUUGGUGCCAUCCUUGGAUUGCUCAUAUGGAGUCUCCCUGGAGCACUGGGCAUGUUCGGCCUCGCCGUUGGCGUUUCCAGCAUCGAGUCGGCUCUCCCUAGUGCCGUCUAUGCUCUCUUAUCGGGCCUCAACGCGGCCACUGUUGGCAUCAUUGCCCUGGCAGCGGUGCAGCUCUCCAACGCAGCCGUGACGGACAAACUCGCCAGGACAUUGGUGUUUCUGAGCGGCGCUGCCGGGAUGCUGUACAACGCCCUCUGGUACUUUCCGCUGCUGAUGUUCCUCUGUGGUGUUGCGGCAGUUGUGCAUGAUUACCGCUGGCUGCAUAAGCCGAUCAAGGCGGCAGUGGCUUUGUUCAGCUGGAGAAAGAAGGAGGCAGGUGUUGUUGAAGUGGAAGCCGUGUCACCUGGAACAGACACGCAACUCAGAGUCUCCAGGGGCAAAGAACCUGUGCAAGAAGUGCAGCACUCCUCUUCCGCCGGGCCUUCGAGCGCCGCCGUCACGGGCCCUGGUGCUGACCAGAUGAUUUCCAACUCGGAGAGCGAGGAGAGGCCCUUUGGAGCCGAAUCGGAGCCCAGGGUGAUUCCGCGAGAACAUCGCCUGAACUUGUCCUGGAAAGUCGGAACAGCCAUCAUCGCAGGCUUCUUCGCCACCUUCAUUGCGGUCCUGGUCUUGCGCAGCGUCUUGCCCUACCCGCCUCUCCUGUACCGCCUCUUCGCCAACCUGUACCUUGCAGGCACCAUCAUCUUCGGUGGCGGACCCGUCGUCAUCCCGCUGCUUCGAGAAUACAUCGUCGCCGAAGGCUGGGUCAGCCCGCGAGACUUUCUGAUCGGGCUCGCGAUUGCCCAAGCGUUCCCGGGCCCCAACUUCAACUUUGCCGUCUUCUUGGGCACGCUCGCUGCCUCCAACAGCGGCAAGCCCUCGGUUGCCGGAGCGACCAUCGCCUUUGUGGGCAUCUUCUUCCCGGGCAUCGCCCUCGUCCACGGGACCAUGGGCGUAUGGGGGUCGCUGCGGAGCAAACGGUGGGUGAAGUCUGGGCUGAGGGGCGUGAAUGCCGGUGCCGUCGGGCUGAUUUACACAGCCGUGUAUCGGAUCUGGCAGGUUGGAUAUCUGGAUGAAGGGUUCCAGUCUGGGCGAAGCCUGGGGGACGAUCCGUGGUGGGUUGUCGUCACAGCCACGGCGUAUGUCGGGGGCAGAUAUUAUGGAGUUUCGGCGCCUGUGGCCAUUCUUCUAGGAGCCGUGAUGGGGCUUGUUCGGUAUGGUGUUGUGGUUGGUCGAGGCUAA